AUGUGCCAUGUAUUUCAGAAUGAUCAUGAGCAUAAUGAGUUGUAUGCUGAGGAGCCAGCCAAGUUCAUGCAAGCCAUGUCCAAUUGUUUGACUUAUCUUAGGAACAAGUAUAAAAAGCUUUGCAGUCGCUUCUUGCAGACUGGUGUGGGCAUUGACCCCUCUCAACCUAAUGCUGGAAACAAUCUACUUGAGCAAGUGAUCUCACAGUUCCCAUGGUAUGAGGCUCUCAAUGAGAUAUGGAAAAAUAACCCUGCAUAUGCCCCUAAAAUGUUCUUGUCUGCUCCAGGGGCAGAUCACUUAGGUGGCAUGAUCGUGCUCAUGUCAAAGUGCAAGUGUAAAGAAAGGGCUAUCCCUCCUCCUGAACCUGAAGAUGAACUAAUAGAGAUGUAUCCUGCCCCCACAAUUGACCCUUUCCCUGCCAUUUACCCUUCCCCCACUGUUUACCCUUCCCCUGCCAUUAACCCUUCCCCUGCUGUUGACACUUCCCCCACCAUUAACCCUUCUCCCACCAUUCAUCCCUCCCCUGCCAUUCAUUCCUCCUCCACCAUUCAUCCCCCUGUCAUUACCUGCCCUACCAUCAAUGACAACAACGACAUGGGAGAUGAUGCACCAUAUGUUUUCAAGCAGGACUUUAAUAUGAAUGGUCAGGAGUAG